AGUGACGCUCGCCGUGCCCUUGACGGGCGGGCAGGGCCAGGCCGGGCCGGGCCGUGGGGGGCGGAGGCGGCGGCAAAGGAGAGGGUAGGGCGGCCCCAGUGCCUCCGCUCGCUCGGUCUCGUGGCCGCGCUCGCGCCGCAGGGAGAUGGCUCAGCGUUUGGUCCUCAGGAGAUUUUUGGCCCCUGUCUUCUCCAGGAAGCUUCCUCAGUGUCGCUGGGCGCCCCUUUCUCCUGAGGUUCUAGCCCAGGGCAGCCCUGCUAGACCCACUGCUGCACUCAGUUUGGCCCGGACAUUCUCCACCACCAAGACCUCUAAGGUUACGUUUAACGUCCAGGAUGGGCCCGACUUUCAGGACAGAGUUGUCAACUCUGAGACACCGGUAGUUGUGGAUUUCCAUGCACAGUGGUGUGGCCCCUGCAAGAUCUUGGGGCCCCGGCUAGAGAAAAUGGUGGCAAAGCAGGAGGGGAAGGUGCUGAUGGCCAAGGUGGACAUUGAUGACAACACAGACCUCGCCAUUGAGUAUGAGGUUUCUGCUGUGCCAACCGUGCUGGCCAUCAAGAACGGGGACGUGGUGGACAAGUUUGUGGGCAUCAAAGAUGAAGACCAGCUGGAGGCUUUCCUCAAGAAGCUGAUUGGCUGCUGAGCCAGGCCGCCUCGAGUCUUCCCCUGGGGCCUUCCUAGAAAAACUCUCGUCCUUCCCAGCCCCGACCUGUCUAGUCCCGUCGGCCCAUCCUGUGUCUUGCUGGGGAAGGUUCUGCAUCUCCAAACUUGGGGACCGGGAGCAUUUCCCAGUUGUCUGACUGCAGAGGACUGGUUCUUAGGGAAGUGGCGCUGCUGCUGACGUGGAAGGGAGGGCUGGGGGUGGGGGCUCCCUGCUUGCUCCCUACCCCCUCCUCCCAUCACCACCACCAAGCCCUCCCUAACCUAGGCCCUGCUUGUGACCAUCUCCAGAGUUUGGAGAGUGACCUGUUCCAGCAGGAUUACUCAUAGUGGGGUCACCCUGUUUUGACUGUGAAAUUUUUCUCUUGUCCUCUGGUACCUGUGCUUUACUUCAGAGGCUCUGUGACCCUGUGCCUGACCUACUUGCCACAUUUUCUCCUGUGAUGCUGUUUUGUAAAAGAAAAGAGAGAGUGAGAUAUAUAUAAAAUUCUCUCAUAUUUUGUAGGUCUGCAAUAAAGAGAGCUUUACUGAUCA